UGCCGGGGCUGGAGGCCUGGACCAACUACUCCAUCACAGUCGCGGCCGCCACUUCUGUUGGGGUGGGAGUUUCUGCGAACACUGUCUUGUGCGCCACCAUGGAGGGAGUUCCAUCAGCGCCUUCAUCAGUGAAGGCCGUGUCUGCCGGAGCGUCCAGCGUCUUGGUGGCGUGGCGGGCGCCUGAGCAGCCUCGAGGACGCGUAAUUUCUUACACGGUGUACUGGCGCCCCACGUCCAAUGCCUCCGAAGUCUUGCUGACCAAGAGCACCGCCGUAGAAGGGCAGAAAAACUUCUUGAAGCUCGAAAAUUUAAGCGGCGUGCCAUUGCAUAGUGCGUAA